AUGGAAGCUUGUAAACACUGCGUGGAAUCUGCUGCAAGGAUGUCUGGGAAGAAUAAAGGGAAGCUCAGUAAAGCGGAGCGUGAGAGUUUACAAAGGGAAGAGGAGGAGAGAAAGCUCAGAGAAGAAGAAGAGGCACGACUUAUAGCUGAAAAGGAGGAAGCUGAGAGGCUAGAGAGAGAACGGAAGGUGCAGGAAGAACGUGAAAGACUUGAGUCAAAGGACAGAGAUCGCAGAGAGGUUGAACUAACUGAACUCCGCCUUUUACUGCAAGCAAACAGUCAAGCUGCAAAUAAAUGGUAUGGCGACCUCAGAGCAAAGGCUAAGUGGGAUCGUUACAUGCGGUGUGAUGGCAGUCCUGAUCCAUCAGUGCCACGUGAGAUAAAUACCUUUAUGAAUCUGUGGAGGGACAACAAAUGUGUAGACAUUAACUCUGUAUGGUUGAAGUCCACAUUAGCAAUAAGUCUUAUAGAUGAAUUGGACCAGUUGUUGGCUGAGACGCCAGCUUUUGAGCUGAAUGAAAAAGAUGUGUUGGAGUACAAAGAAACGAUUCUCAAUUUACAGAACCUCACUCACUGUAAACUGAAUAGUGCCACUGAAGAAAUACUAAAGCGUUCUAACCUACUUGCUGACACAGAGACUGGGAACAUGCAGACCGUGAUAAAGAACAAGAACCUAACUCUAUGUGUAUGGGCAAACUUGAACAAGAAUCCAAGGUUCAAAGGCUAUGAAUUUAGUGACACUGGACUUUCAUUCGAGUUGCCAAAACAGCUGGCUUUGAGUGACAUUGCUGUGCGGAUUCUGCAUACUCAAUACGAUCAUCUGUCCCACCUCAGCAACACAUUUUACGCAAGGGUAAAGAAGUGUGUAACCCAGAGCCACCCAGCAUCACUAGCAGGCGAGAGUAAGAGUGACAGUAAAGAGGGUGAGGUGGAGCUACUCGAAGGAGAACAGAAGGAAGAUACAAAAAGUGUAUCGGUUACUGAAGACGAAAUCCAAUCUGUUAAAUCUGAAGAUAGAAAGCAGCAGAGUGCUAUGAGCUUAAUUUCAACUAAAGAUGAAACCAGAAGUUUAGCAGAGAAAAACAAAGAAGAGGGAGAAACUAAGACAGAUAGCCUAAUUGAAGUGAAUACUGAAGAUUGGUUGUGUGCAGUUCAGGAAGCAUCACUACCUGCACCGGAUGAGGAUCAAGAAGAUUUUCUAGAGGAAGACACAGUUGACUUGCGUCAGUUCACACCUUUGGGUGGAAUCUAUUACUUUGAUGUGUUUAAGCUUCCACCUCAACCUCAGAAUAUAAAAGGAUGGACAAUUGUGCAGCUGUUGGAUACAGGACUACAGACUUUUCCAUACCCCAUGGAAACCAUCAAAUCAAAUAACUCUGGUUCUGGGAAAUUGGAUGAGAAGGAAACGGAUAGCAGCAGUUUUACUUUUCCACCAGUAGGUGUCACAAUCAGUCUUCCUGACACAGUCAUGUUUUUGGAGGACCCUCAGGUUGCUAGAUGGGAUGCAGAAGGCAAACAAUGGAAAACGGACUGCAUUAGUGAUGUGAAAUAUGAUAAAGAAGCCAAACGCAUUUCCUUCAAGAUGGACACUUUUUACACUUUCACACUCCUGCAGGAGUCCCAUGUGAACAUGCCCUUUCAGUCUUGGGAGCUGAGACCACUGGGUUUAAAUAAUGCCAUUCUAACAGUUACUGCUGCAAUUCAAGAAGUAGAAAUAAUAAUUAAGGAUGGUCAAUGCAUGUUGAACUUAUUACAUUCGAACAAAGAUAACCUUUCCCACAUCAGAGGAAAUUGGAUGACCCCGGCUGCUCUCAUAAGGGCAAUGAGAAGUGCUGGAGUAAACAUCUUUGUGGAGGAAGAUUCAGAACGAUUUGUAAGCUUCAAUUCUAAGAAUCCGCAAGCAGAACAAGCUAUUUAUGAACAGAUGGCCCUGGUUUCAUCUGCAUAUGCUUUUUCUUGGAGCAAAUGGAAUGCAGUGUGUGGCACAGAACACAUUGUUAUACAGGUCAGUGAACACCUUAAGACAGACAAUGUGGCAGAUGAAGACUGGGCUUUGUAUUUGGUAAAUGCUAACAGGGCACUGCGGCUAAAGAUCACAGAGUACAGUGAGGAAUUCUCCACUGAUCUGGCAGAAAACAGCGAGUUUCAUUCCACGUUUUACCACAUGCUGAAAGAUGUAAUCAGUGAUGCAGCGUUGAACAGAAUUAAUCAAUCUCACUAUCUUUUUAUUGACUGUGUGCAAAAGCUUUUGACUGCGACCAAAGUGCUAUCAUAUUAGUGAUCUUUCAUACUUUAUUAUAGAAUUACUUUAUUGUGCACAUCGUUUUCUGAAAAACAUUAAAGUCAAAGAUUUACAUAAUUCAAGAUUUACAUAGUGGCACUUGCUUUUAACAUUCAGUCUUUGAAAAUUGCAAAUGCAUAUUUCCAAACAAAUAAUUUACAUAACAAAGUGCGUCACACCUGCAGCUCAAAGUAUGAACACAAUUGAAUACUCUACUAGACAAAAGUAAUAAGUUAAUGUUGUUUACAUCAAACCACUUAAAACAUCCCAGGAUAUCACAAAAUGUUAUUUGUUUAGCAAUGUUAAUUUAAAAAGGCAGCUUUUUCUGGUCUUUUCUUUAGAUAACAUUCAGUAACAAAAUGAGACUUAUUAACAUCUGUUAAACCUGAAAUAAUAAAAAAAGUGUAGAUAAGUUAAAAAAAAAAA